AGGUGCAAUACUCCUACAACUCCACCCAUAGUCUUAUGGUAGGGCAGGGCUUGCAUUGAGACCCAGAUAUAGACUGCUGCCUGUCAAACCUGUUAUCAGUUCUCCAGACUUGCGUCCUUUUCAUAUAGAAAUCACCUCUGUUCUAGCCGCCUGCCAAAAUGAUGGAAGAAGUGUCUAUUGCUGUUGCCUACGAUGCUUAUAUUGUUGAGCAAAUGUCAGAGGAGGAAAUCUUGGCUAGUCUGGUGGCGGAGUCCUUACCCAAACAACUGGCACCAUCUAUGAAGCCAAAGCUAGGAGAUAACCAAGACCAACCAGAAGAUCCACUUGACAAAUACCAAGUCUCCAGGAUCUUACUGUCUCAUAUUUCUAGCAUAACAAGCAUGUUUUUCCAGAGAGAAAACCGUAAGCUUCAGGAGGUCAGUUUACGUCUGGAGCAGGAGAACGAUGACCUUGCACAAAAACUGGUCACCGGCAAGAUUGCGCUGAGAACCGCGCUAGACCAGACGGAGGACCAGGUGGACGAAUUAACCAAAGAGCUGCUUAAAACCAAAGAACUUCUGAAGAUGACGGAGGAAGAGAAACGGGAGAAGGAAGAGGAAGCCUCGCAGCUGAAGGAGAUGUUAAGGAAAGAGUUGGAAAAAGCUGAAUCAGACUUAAAAAGAUCAAACAACAUCAUCAACGACUACAAACGGAUUUGCUCUCAGUUGAAUGAUAAACUUGAAAAGCUGAAAAGUCAAACCGCUGAAGAACUCGCUGUUAUUAAGAGCAAGAUGCAGGAGUGUCCGCAGUGCAGUCACAUCUUCAGCAGGGAUGGAUCGAUUCAGUUGUUUGUUAAGAGUGACGAGAGCUCCACUCAGAAUGACGUCCAGGCUUCUCUCAGACAGCAGGUUCAGUUAGAGAGAGAGUUAGCGCAGACCAAACUACAGAUGGUCCAGUCUGAAUGCAAGAUCCAGGAGCUCCAGCACCAGAAUGCGGUUCUGGUAAAUGAGCUUCAGGCUGCUAAGAACACGUGGCUCAAGAAGACGCUGGGCUCCAUCAGGACCGUCGCCAGCAGCCAUCAGAGCUCUUCUCAAACAGAUCCGGCCUGGUGCUACACACACAACCCUCACUCCAGCUGGGUCACCAGAAGACUCUCCUGGGCCUAUCCAGAAGGAAGAGCUGCCAAAGUAUGAACAAGGAAACACGCGCAUCCAGGAGAAGAAACUAUUUCAUGAGCCUCGCAAAUGAUGAAAAGGCUGUUCACUCAGCGGGGAGAACAAACCCACACCGAUUGAAACAUUGAGAACGUUUCUCAUCAGAGGAUGAGUGCAUGACAGCACGAUGCAAUACCUGCCCCGCUGCGGUUAACUGGGCAGAUUGGAAGUGCAUUCGAGGUUUUAUCAGUACGUGUGUUCCUUGGGCGAUGUGACCUUAGUAUUGCCAACACCAUCACUAGA